CGGAGUUGCAGCAGCGGCGGCGGCGGCGCGGACACCGCAGCCUCCCCAAGCCCGGAGUCCCGGCGGGGACAACAGGAGGGAGCGCCCGCCGCUUGGCCACCGCACCUCGGCCCCGCCAAGCCGUUGUCGCCGUCCCCAGGGACCGCCAGCCAUGGCCGCGCCGCCGGUUACCCAAGACGAGCUGCUGCCGCUGGCCAACCCCGGGUCCCAGUGGUUCGGGGACCGGGGGGAGGGGGAGGACGAAGCGAUGACGCCGAAAGGGGACAAGCCGGCGCCGCAGGCGGGGGAGUCCGGCCAGGGGUUGGGCUCCGGGGCCGGGGAAGUGGCGCCGCGGGAACUGGGCUCGGGCCCCGCCCGGCCGCCGCCCGUUGCCAUGGAAACUGCAUCCACAGCUGCAGCAGAUGUCUCCAGUGCCAUGGAUCAUCCCUUUGCAGCAGCAUCGAGAGAUGGGGAAGGAGCGUGUUACACGUCUCUGAUUUCCGACAUCUGUUACCCACCUCGGGAGGAGUCUACAUAUUUCACUGGAAUUCUUCAGAAGGAAAAUGGCCACAUCACCACGUCAGAGAGCCCUGAGGAGCUGAGCACCCCUGGACCCUCCUUACCAGACGUGCCUGGGAUGGAGCCUCAUGGCUUAUUUAGUUCUGAUUCUGGGAUAGAGAUGACUCCUGCAGAGUCCAUCGAAGUGAACACAAUCUUAGCAGACCCCCUGGACCAGAUGAAAGCAGAAGCCUACAAGUACAUUGAUAUAACCAGGCCAGAGGAGGUGAAAUAUCAGGAGCAGCAUCACCCCAAGUUGGAAGAGAAAGAUUUGGACUUUAAGAAUGAGGACACUGAAAUCUCAACAAAAUCCGAAAAGAUCUGUGAACCGGAGAAGCCAGCUCCUGUGGAGGGAAAAUUCCUCAAGGACCAUAUAUUUGAAGAAUCAACGUUGGCAUCUUAUAUAGAUGAUCUCUCUGAAGAGCAGCAUACGGCACCUCUGGUCACUGCCCCAGUCAAAAUCACGCUGACUGAUGUGGAGCCUUCUGUUGAAACUGCUCCCCAAGAGAAGACCCCCGAGAAGCAAGAUACCUGCCUGAAACCAAGUCCAGACACCGUCCCCACUGUCACUGUCUCAGAGCCUGAAGAUGACAGCCCAGGAUCGGUCACUCCUCCGUCUUCCGGAACAGAACCAUCUGCUGCAGAAUCCCAGGGGAAAUGCAGCAUCUCCGAGGAUGAGCUGAUCACUGCCAUUAAAGAAGCAAAGGGGUUAUCAUAUGAAACAGUGGAGAGCCCACGGCCCGCGGGCCAGGUGGCUGACAGGCCUGAGGCCAAAGCCAGGUCUGGGUUGCCCACAAUACCCAGCCCCCUGGACCAUGAGGCCAGCAGCGCGGAGUCGGGGGACUCGGAGAUCGAGCUAGUGUCCGAGGACCCACUGGCCGCUGAGGAUGCACUGACCUCUGGCUACGUGACCUUCGGCCAUGUGGGUGGCCCGCCGCCUUCACCAGCCUCGCCAUCCAUCCAGUACAGCAUCCUGAGAGAGGAGCGUGAGGCAGAGCUGGACAGUGAGCUCAUCAUUGAGUCAUGCGACGCGUCCUCGGCUUCAGAGGAGAGCCCCAAGCGGGAGCAGGACUCGCCCCCAAUAAAGCCGGGCGCCCUGGACGCCAUCCGGGAGGAGCCGGGUGCCCGGGCCGAAGAGCGCGCACCCAGCCGGCGGGGCCUGGCCGAGCCAGAUCCCUUCCCCAAGUUCCCCUCCGCUGUCCCCCAAACUGGUCCCGAGCUGCCUUCUGGAGACGGAGCCCCAGCACCUGAGGAGCCCCCAGCGCCCCGGAAAACUGCGGAAGCAGCGAGUUCCAGUGAAAGCUCCAGAUCCACACAGGACCCGGCGCUGCAAGGUCCUGGCAUCACGCCCUCUCUGCUGUUUCUCAAUAAGCAAAAAGCGAUUGACCUGCUGUACUGGCGGGACAUCAAGCAGACGGGCAUAGUGUUUGGGAGCUUCCUGCUGCUGCUCUUCUCGCUGACCCAGUUCAGCGUCGUGAGCGUCGUGGCCUACCUGGCCCUUGCCGCACUCUCGGCCACCAUCAGUUUCCGCAUCUACAAGUCUGUCUUACAAGCUGUGCAGAAAACCGACGAGGGCCACCCUUUCAAGGCCUACUUGGAGCUUGAGAUCACCCUCUCCCAGGAGCAGAUUCAGAAGUACACGGACUGCCUGCAGUUCUACGUGAACAAUACACUUAAAGAGCUGAGGAGGCUCUUCCUCGUCCAGGACCUGGUGGAUUCCUUAAAAUUUGCAGUCCUGAUGUGGCUCCUGACUUACGUUGGCGCUCUCUUCAAUGGUCUGACCCUGCUGCUUAUGGCUGUGGUUUCAAUGUUUACUCUACCUGUAGUGUAUGUUAAGCACCAGGCACAGAUUGACCAAUAUCUGGGACUUGUGAGGACUCACAUAAAUGCUGUUGUGGCAAAGAUUCAGGCUAAAAUCCCAGGAGCUAAAAGGCACGCUGAGUAAGUGGAGAUCCCACUGGGACUGGACAUAAACAGGAGUGUCUGGAGUGGUAACAGCUCUGUUUUCCAUGUUAUGGCAAAUCGAUUGUUUUUCCCCCAGUACCAUAAUCUUAGAGACAAACUUUAAAACAGCUGUUUUUAGGCUGUUCCUGUACUCUUAGGAUAUUUGAGUCACUUGUGUCAAACACUGAAGUAUAGAGAAAAGUGUAUUAGAUGUGGUUUUUAAUUUCGUGUUACUAAAAACAAGUGCAUGAUGGUGAGAGCCCAAUUUAUCUUUCCUUCUUUGGUGUUCUUCUCUCUGCAAUGCUUCUGUAGCUUUUAAUGUUCCCUGUGGCUAGGCCUUUCCUGCUGAGUGCACUGAUGCAAUAGUGGAAAUCACUCUUAUGUCUUUGGGUUGCUGGUCGGAUUAAUCUUUAAUAACAAUAUAUAGAAUCGUAGACCGAUGUUUUAGUGUUUUUCCAACACACACAGCAUAAAAAUAAACACAGUUGACCGUACUUAUGGUAAUCAGUUUUGUAUAACUUAAAAUAAUUAAAUAAAUGAAUACGUCCAAAAACAAACACGCAGUACUUUUGUUGUGUGGGACUGACGGGCUGAUUUACAUGUAUGGUAACAAAAAAGUACCAGCAUGUUAACUUUAUUACAAUUUGUAUUCCUUUCUCUGUAGUUCCUAACAGACUUCAUUAUGGACUCUGGAUAUUUGCACUUAUGUACUUGAUACUGAAUGCAUAAAUAAAUGUUACUAAAU